AUGGCUCCCAUUUUCGUAUCACGAAUUGCAAGCUUCCUCGGUGUCGAAUCACUCAAUGCAACGGGAAGGGAUGCUUACAUUAUCAUUAUACUGCGCUCCUUGCGCAUGUUUGCUGCUGGCAUUCCUAGUCUUGUCCUAGCCUUAUUCUUCGCCUCCCUCAAUUUUCAGGAUUCGAGAAUCGGGGCUUUCAUGACCUUGACGUUACUCGGAGAUGUUAUGCUCUCUUUGCUACUUACCUUGGUAGCGGAUAAAAUAGGAAGAAGAAGAAUCUUGUUUAUGGGCAGCGUGAUGAUGGCUUGCUCAGGUGUCACGUUCGCUCUUUCUGAGAACUUCUGGAUCCUCUUGAUUGCGGCAGUCUUUGGCAUCAUCUCCGUUACGGGAGCUGACUGUGGGCCUUUUAGGGCAGUCGAGGAGAGUAUACUGAGUGGAUUGACGGACGAGAAGACAAGAAGUGACGUUUUGUCGUGGUACGUGACGGCAACCACAAUGGCUGGUGCUAUAGGAGCCGAGGUUGCAGGGCGAAUGGUGAACGCUUUUGAGAAGAGCAGCGGUAACGCUACCAAAGCAUACCAUGCUUUGUUCUGGGGAUACGCAGCCUUUGGCGCACUCGGCAGUAUACUGUGUCUAGGAUUGAGCAGCAGAUGCGAAGCUGCCGGCGAGAAACUUGCCGAGAUGAAAGAGCGAAGGAGAGCCAGUGGUGAUGGAGAAGAAGGAGAAAUGCUCCUGGAACCAAUGACGCCAAGUACAACAGAUGGAUUCGAGCAGAACGGCGAACCUUCGAGGAGACAGGAAAAUCUCAGAGUUACACAAUCGCCUAAGAAGAAGAGCUAUUUCAGUCAAAUUUCCAAAACGACACGAUCAAUCCUGUACAAGCUCUGGAUCCUCCUUGCCGUCGACAGUUUGUCGGAUGGAAUGACACCCUAUUCGCUCAUGAACUACUACGUCGACCGCAAAUUUAGCGUCUCCAAAGCUACACUCGGAGACAUCACAUCGGCCUCGCAAUUCCUUUGCGCAGUCGGCGCUGUUUUCGCUGGACCACUGGCUAAACGCAUCGGACUCAUCAACACCAUGGUCUUUACUCAUCUCCCUUCGUCGUUAUCCAUUGUUUUCAUCCCUGUGCCCUCAAAGCCUGCAUGGACAAUCGGGCUGAUGCUUUUCCGCGCCGCUCUCAACAGUAUGGAUCAGGCACCACGUACAGCUUUCAUUGCUGCAGUUGUCAAGCCCGAGGAGCGCACUGGUGCCAUGGGUAUCACAAGUAUGGUGCGUACCUUGGCUAUGAGCGUGGGUCCGUCAAUUACUGGUCUCCUCGCUGGCAGCGAUAACUUCUGGGUAGCUUUCUUGGCAUCGGGUACGUGUAGAAUAAUCUACGACAUUGGGCUAUGGAUCUUGUUCGUCAAUGUCAAAGUUGAUCAGGGUGCUGGGAAGAAGGAUGAGGCAGACAGUGUGCAAGAUGAAGCUUGGGAUGGCUUGCUCAGUGACACGGAGAGUGAUGUUAGCAGCGAGGGAAGAAAGAGCAAAGAUAUUGAGAGCGAAAGUAGUGUUUAG